AUGGAAGUUACUCCAAAGCAUAUCAUCCAGAUGACAGGAUUUAGGAUGGAAGAAAAGGAAGCUUUAGGCAAAUUGCUCUUAAAACUAGAUUGCACUUUUAUUAAGAGUGAGAAAUACAAAAAUUGUACGCAUCUUAUAGCUGAACGCCUGUGCAAAAGUGAAAAAUUUUUAGCAGCUUGUGCAGCAGGAAAGUGGGUACUAACUAAGGACUACAUAAUUCACAGUGCCAAAAGUGGCAGAUGGCUUGAUGAAACAACCUACGAAUGGGGAUAUAAAAUUGAAAAAGACUCCCAUUAUUCACCUCAAAUGCAAUCUGCGCCUAAGAGAUGGCGGGAAGAAUUAAAGCGCACUGGAGCUCCAGGAGCCUUUCACAGAUGGAAAGUCGUCCUCCUUGUUAGAUCUGACAAAAGAAGUGAUUCUCUUGUAAGAGUUUUGGAGGCUGGAAAGGCGAAUGUUAUUUUACCCAAAAGUUUACAAAGUGGGGUAACUCAUGUGAUUGCCAGUAAUGCAAGAAUCAAGGCUGAGAAAGAGAAAAAUAACUUUCAGGCUCCGUUUUAUCCACUUCAAUAUCUAGGAGAUUAUCUUUUAGAAAACAAGAUUCAAAACAAUGAAGAAUCCCAAACCAAUUUUAUUUACACUAAGCAUAAUAAUCAAGAAAAAAAUGAAGAUUCCAGGAAAGAUAAGGGAUUUGUAAAAAUGAAAGAUGCUUUAAGAGAAACUUGUAGAAACCAGAAAGAAAUGCAAAAUCAUGGUGACAAUAUUAAUAUUAGUUCUAUUUUGACUGAACAUCACAAGAAAGAAAAAUUCAGAGCGUCAUAUAAAGAGUUGAGUUUUGUUAAAAUGAGAAAUACCAUCAAAAGACACACAUAUGGAAAUCAGAGAAAAGUUAAGAAAACUUACGAAGAUAUUCAAAGGAGUUACACUUUGAGGAAAAAGCGCAAAAAAGAAAAACAUUUCAUGAAAGAUGUUCAAUGUGACAGAAGUACCUUAAGAAACUACAUAUGUAGAGAUCAGAAAAAUAUGAAGAAUUCUGGUUUUGCUGAUUAUACCAAAAAAGUCAAAGUUGUCAGGACUGAUGUGGAAAUUACAGAAGUAAAAAAUGCCUUAAGGAAGCACAUAUAUAAAGCUCAGGCUGUGAGAUACAACUGCAUUAGAAUAGACAACCAACCAGUAUUCAAUGUAGAGGUUAAAAAUGCUGAAUUUCCCAGACGUGUAUUAAAUUUAAUUGAAAGUCUUAUAGAAGGACAGUUUUUUAAAGAAGCAAUUGAGGAACUUUCCUCUUUGCAAGCACAUUAUAUUCCUCCUGUGUGCCUUCUUCACGCUCUUCUAGAGAACAUUCUACAGGAUCACGUGGAUACAUUUUCUGGUAGAUACUUUCAUAUAUUGUCAGCUCUUCUUAAACUGCAUCCUCCUUGGAAGUCCCCAGCCAUGUCAAGAUAUUAUUUAGAGUUGUUUCAGUGUCCAACUUGUAGGAAAGGAGCAUGGUCUCUAGUAGAAGUGCUUAUCAGGUCAUGUCUUUUCAAUGAAACUUUUUGUCACCAAAUUUCAGAAAAUAUUAUUGGCUCUAAGGUUCUCCACCUGGCACUGCUUAAAUUUUUGUUUAAUUUAGUUGAAAGCGAAGUACGACAUCUGAGUCAAAAGUUAUAUGACUGGUCAGAGUCUCAGAGUCUGAAAAUUACAGGAACGGCAAUUCUUCUUGAACUCUUUUGGUCUGGAAGUGAGACCUCGGCACUUUUUACUAAGCCAGUAAAUAUGCUUUUGGAGUGGACUAUAUAUUGUCAUAAGGAAAAGUAUAAAUCUAAUGAUGUCUUCAAACAUGAGCUAGCUUACCUACUGACUGGAAUUCUUGGAGCAGCAGUAGAUUAUUGGAUCUUCCUUGGUCUGAAGAUGGGUAGAAAUGUGAUGCGACACUUGUCUGAUGACUUAGGAAGUUAUGUUUCCCUUUCAUGUGAUGACUUUUCUUCACAAGAAUUAGAGCUUUUUAUUUGUUCGUUCUCCUCCUCCUGGCUUCAAAUGUUCAUUGCAGAGGCAGUCUAUAAAAAGUUGUGUUUGCAGAGUUCCAUCAGUAUUUCUUCUGAGCCACUCUCUCUUCAGAAAAUGGUAUAUUCCUAUUUGCCAGCAUUGGGGAAAACUGGUAUGCAUGGGGUUGGAAAGAUGCAGAUACCAAAGAAAACAGGACAGAGGCCUUGCCUGGAAUUUCAGAGGGCCUUACUAAUGGUGAAUGGUGCUAAACAGAAACAAGUGGAAGGAUUGCCAGAGUUAUCAGAGCUGAACCUUACUAAAUGUUCCUCAUCAUUAAAAAGAUUGAAAAAGAAGUCAGAAGGAGAAUUAUCAUGUUCCAAGGAGAAUUGUCCCUCUUUAGCUACAAAGCUGAAUUUUCACAAGACUAAUCUAAAAGGAGAAACAGCCCUGCACAGAGCUUGCAUAAAUAACCAAGUGGAGAAAUUGAUUCUUCUUCUUUCUGUUCCAGGAAUAGACAUCAAUGUUAAAGACAAUGUUGGCUGGACGCCUUUGCAUGAAGCCUGUAACUAUGGCAACACAGUGUGUGUCCAGGAAAUUUUGCAGCGUUGUCCAGAGGUAGAUCUGCUCACUCAAGUGGACGGGGUGACUCCUUUGCAUGACGCACUGUCAAAUGGACAUGUCGAAAUUGGCAAGCUGCUACUCCAGCAUGGGGGCCCAGUACUUUUGCAGCAGAGAAACUCUAAGGGAGAAUUGCCCUUGGAUUAUGUAUUGUCACCUCAAAUCAAGGAAGAACUGUUUUCAAUUACAAAAAUAGAAGAUACGGUGGAAAACUUCCAUACCCAGGCAGAAAAACAUUUUCACCAGCAGCAACUUGAGUUUGGUUCAUUUUUACUUAGUAGGAUGCUGUUGAAUUUUUGUUCAAUUUUUGAUUUGUCUUCUGAGUUCCUCUUAGCUUUCAAAGGGCUAAGUCAUCUGAAUGAACUUCUUUUGGCUUGUAAGAAUUAUAAGGAAGCCACCAGUGCUCAGACUGACUGGCUAUUGGAUCUGUAUGUUAAGAAUACAAAGACAUUACAGAAGCUCCCAGAUAUUCUUACGGAACUGCCUGAGAAUUUGAAAGCCUGUCCUGGAGUACACACUGAGGCCUUAUUGGUGACCUUAGAAAUAAUAUGUCGAUCAGUCACAGAGUUUUCAUGA